AUGCUGCUCGAGCUUAAGAGGCUUCCCUCACAGAUCCUCUCAGCGGUCGACGCACUUGCCACGCCCGAGACGCCCUUGACGUUCGGGACUUUUACCGACGCAGCUGUCCCGUGGGCUUGGGAGGAGCCGGACCAGAUCGAAUCGGGCCUUGGUAAAGACUGGAUCAUCUCUCGCUUCCUGCCGACCGGUCUUCGACAACAUCUUCUUCCCUACCAGCUCCUCGGGGCGCCAGAUAUCGAGAUGACCACCCCACGCACCAAAAUCGGCCAUGGGCUGGCCAAGUUCUUCAACAUCGAGCUCCAAAAGACUCAACCUUACGAGGAUGAGGUGACAAGAGGCGAGUCUGUGUACUCGACAGACACCUUCGUUGAGCAGCCUCCGACCGCUGGAGAGUACUUCCGAGAACUCACGCCUUCCGGGAGCCAAGUUCUCGAUUACAUCAGAUCCCUAUUUCCCUUUCUGUACUGGAUUGGGAAAUACAACAUGCAAUGGUUCGCUGGUGAUCUUGUGGCAGGUAUCACAAUCGGUGCCGUCGUGGUUCCCCAAGGUAUGGGCUAUGCCUCACUAGCAAACCUUGAGCCUCAAUUCGGGCUAUACUCUUCCUUCAUGGGUGUUUUGAUCUACUGGUUCUUUGCUACUUCCAAGGAUAUUACAAUCGGACCCGUCGCCGUCAUGUCUCAAGUGACUGGUAAUGUCGUUUCCGACCUAAGCAAGGAGUUUCCCGACCUUCCAGCGCACUUUAUUGCUUCAGCAUUGGCUAUCCUUUGUGGUGCCAUCGUCCUCUUUAUCGGUGUCAUCCGACUUGGUUGGAUCGUCGACAUGAUUCCCCUCGUGGCUUUGUCGGCUUUCAUGACUGGAUCGGCCAUCAACAUUCUCGUUGGCCAAGUCCCGACCAUGAUGGGCAUUUCUUUCCCGAAGCCCUGGACUACUCGAGACUCUACCUACCGUGUCAUCAUCAAUACGCUGAAGUAUCUCCCGAAGACCAAGCUCGAUGCUGCGAUGGGUUUGACUGCCUUGGUCAUGCUCUACGCCAUCCGAACCGCGUGCCAGUGGGCUGCAAAGAAAUACCCGAGACGUCAGAAAUUGAUCUUCUUCGUCUCGACGUUGCGCACUGUAUUCGUCAUUCUGCUGUACACCAUGAUCAGCUGGCUUGUCAAUAUGCAUCGCCGUUCGAAGCCUGCGUUCAAGAUUCUCGGUAGUGUUCCCAGAGGUUUCCAAAACGCCGAGGUUCCCAGGCUGGACAAAGAUCUUGCCAGCGGUCUCGUGUCAUAUCUCCCGGCAUCGUGCAUCGUCCUCCUGAUCGAGCACAUUGCCAUCUCCAAAUCAUUCGGCCGAGUCAACAACUACGCCAUCAACCCAUCGCAGGAGAUGGUUGCGAUUGGAGUUACGAAUUUGCUGGCCCCCUUUUUGGGCGCCUACCCUGCCACGGGAUCCUUCAGUCGCACUGCCAUCAAGGCCAGAGCCGGAGUGCGGACCCCUUUCGCUGGUGUCAUUUCGGCGAUCGUGGUCCUCCUCGCCAUCUAUGCACUGCCCGCGGUCUUCUUCUACAUCCCCAGCCCCUCGCUGGCGGCUGUGAUUAUUCACGCUGUUGGCGACUUGGUGACUCCACCUAACACAGUGUACCAGUUCUGGCGCGUCUCGCCUUUUGAGGUCUUCAUUUUCUUCGUGGGUGUCUUUGUGACCAUCUUCACAACCAUCGAAGAUGGAAUCUACUGCACCAUUUGCAUCUCAGCCGCGAUGCUGCUGUACCGCAUCCUACGAACUCGUGGCCGCUUCCUUGGACGCAUCAAGGUCCACUCCGUACUUGGUGAUCAAGUCAUCGGCAACGAGUCGAACCGGGCAAUUGGCGAGUACGGCACGUUCGCGGGCCAGAAACACCAUCACGAGGAGCCUCAGACUCGUAACAUCUUCCUCCCCAUCGACCACGGCGACGGCUCCAACCCUGCAGUGGAACUCGACCAGCCCUACCCUGGCGUGUUCAUCUAUCGCUUCAGUGAGGGCUUCAGCUACCCCAAUGCCAGCCACACCCUCGAGUACAUGACGGACUACAUCUUCGAGCGGACCCGGAAGACAAACAUGCAAGAGUUCGCACGCCCCGGCGACCGGCCCUGGAACGACCCCGGCCCGUCCAAGCGGGCUCUGAAGAAGGCUGCGGCUGCUGGUGUGAACAUUGAUGCGGAUAAGGAGAAACUCCCCACCUUGAAGGCGGUCAUCCUCGAUUUCAGCUCCGUCAACUUUGUCGACAUCACGUCCGUCCAGCAGCUCAUUGAUGUGCGCAAUCAGCUCGACCGGUACACGGCCCCCGAGUAUGUCGACUGGCACAUAGCCUGCAUCAACAACCGUUGGACCAAGCGUGCCCUCGUCGCGGCUGGCUUUGGCUAUCCGACAGAGCGACCUGACGGCCUGCACCACCGGUGGCAGAGCAUCUUCUCCGUGGCAGAGAUGGGCGGAGAAGACUCUGCGGCUGCGGCAGAGGAGGCUCGACUGAACGAGAAGACGGUCAGGGAUCGUGAGGUUGCGGAGCACAAUGUCGAAGCGGCACCAGACGACCGCAUCAACAUUGCCGAGACGGGCAGUGGCAGCGUGGGCAGCUCACAGGAGGAGGAGAUCAAGGGCUUCAGGACAACGACGAGCAAGUCGCCUGGCCUGAGGCAACGGAAAGCAGUCGCCGUGCACGGCCUGAACAGGCCGCUGUUCCACGUCGAUCUGACAAGCGCACUGCAGAGUGCCAUCACAAAUAUCGAGGCAAGAACUUCAAGUGCGCCGAGGAGAUCGACGGGGAGUGAGACCGGCGAAGCAAGCAAGGACCUCUAG